AUGAACUCAUUAGAUCGGUUCAUCUUCGUGCGAUCGUUUGUUCGUUCCUUGGCUCGUUUGGACCUCGGAUCGAGGACGAGCUGCUCCUCUUCUGGCCCUGCGCCUGCAGCUGCAGCGCACAUCCAUAUCAUGGCAACCCCGACGCUCCCCCACGGCGCGUACGACCGUCGGCUAGUGUGUUCCAGCCGCUCGGCUUCGAACUCGGUCGGACUGCUUUCCCCCGCAUCAAACGGCGGCCGGCUUCUGCAUCCGAGUCCGCUCCAGGACCCUGCCAGGAUGGUGCUGCACCUAUUGCAGGCCAAGAGGGACGCCUCUGCAGCCUAA